AUGAACGACCCAGGCCUUGAUGAACCCAUAGCCGACGCCUCUGCGGUUCUCAAGGAAAAUGUCGAAGACUGUCCCCCUGCAUCUCACCACAAUGCCCAAACUUCAUCACCUCCCCAGAACCGAGAUGAGUCUCCCGAAGAGAUGUUCGACAAAAUGUCCGAAGAAGAGCAAGAGCGGAAUUUUCUCAUGCCGGCGAGGUGGUGGUAUGCCUCGACGGGUGUCCCCCUGUUAGCCGGUACUUUUGGACCUAUCGCCAAUGCGUUCAGUAUCUGUGCGCUGGUGGAGAACUGGAGGGUGGAAAUCCCUCCCGGAGGGACAGAGGAGCAUGGAAUUGACAUCAAAGACCCAGCGUGGCUUAUCGCCGUCAAUGCGGUCUCCCUGGCCUUCGCCCUUGUUGCCAACGCGUCCCUGCUACUCAACAUGGCGCGCCGUGUCCCCUUCAAAAUCGCCCAACCUAUCACCAUAUUCGGCUUUUGGAUCGCUUCAGUGCUCCUGAUUGCCCUUGUUGCCGUCGCAUCCAGCAAUUUUCACGCUCCAGGCGUCAAAGAUCAGGCUCUUUCCCAGGCAUACUACUACGCCAUCUUCGCUGCGGGACUGUACCAGAUAAUCUCUUACUUGAUGUGUUUCACGGUGUAUGGGGCGUACAAGGGGCAUUUCAGUAAAGAAUUCAAACUUACUGUGGCGCAACGGACGUUGAUGUUGCAGACCAUUAUGUUCUUGCUGUAUCAGCUAUUGGGGGCGUUGGUGUACUCGCACAUCGAAGGCUGGAAAUUUUUGGAUGCGGUAUAUUGGGCGGAAUUCACUUCUCUGACAAUUGGUAUUGGUGAUGACUACGAACCAAUGACCCAUCUGGGUAGAGGGCUUCUGUUCCCCUUUGCCUUGGGCGGCAUCAUCAUCCUGGGUUUGGUGGUCGGUUCCAUUCGGUCAUUGAUCCUAGAGAGAGGGAAAAAGAAGAUAGCGGCCCGAUUAACGGAGAAGACCAGGGUGCGAUUACUCAAGGAGAUUGAGAGAAUCAGUAAGAAGAAGAGCCUCCUGAGACGCAAAGGCGCUCUGGGGCUCGCGAAAAGCACCACGAAAGCAUUGACUGUGGAUCCAGGGGAUGAGGAGGUAUCGGAGCUUGAGAGGAGACAGGCCGAAUUCGAGGCGAUGCGGAAAGUCCAGGACUGGGCUGCUACAGAGCGCAAGUACAUGAGUUUGGUCAUAUCGACAUUUGCUUUUGCUUUCUUGUGGACGAUUGGGGCGUUGGUCUUCGAGCACGCCGAGAAGAACCAGGACUGGUCGUAUUUCGAAUCACUUUACUUUUCAUACACAACGCUGUUGACUAUCGGAUAUGGAGAUUUCGAGCCCAUGUCUAACAGUGGGAAGCCCUUUUUUGUCUUCUGGACUCUCUUGGCCGUCCCUACUUUGACGAUUCUCAUCUCCGACAUGGGAGAUACCGUGGUAAAAGCCGUCAAAGACAUCACCAUCUGGCUGGGGGAGAUCACUGUGCUUCCAAGUAGUGAAGAUACCAUAGCAAAUCGGCUCAAACAUGGCGUGUACAAGGCCACCCUUGGACAGCUGGAUCCUCGAUCAUCGGGAGAUGUGGAACAGGGCUCAGAGACCGGGAGCGAGGGUGGAUACCAGGAACUGCAUCCUGGCCUUGCACGCCUGUUCCGCAAUGGUCGUCAGAAGCACAAGGACCGCGGAAAAGACGCGGGGACCAAAGAUCGCCUGGCUGCUGACUUCGAGGAGGAGGAGAAACAGGACGAGUCCGAAGCUAGAGACAAGGGCGACCGUUGGCAAGAAGAUACCCACCACUAUCGGCAUGUGCUGAUAUCUCAGAUUCGGAAAGUCUACGCAGAUGCUUCGGCCUCAACCCCCAAGAAGUACAGCUAUGAGGAGUGGCAAUACUUUCUCAAAUUGCUGGGGGAGGAUGAGGCAGAUGCCUCAUACCACCGGCGAGCUCCCGCUCAUGGUGAUAACGAAGUUGAGGCUCAAGAGGCCAAGGAAAACCACAACCAGGGUGGUAACCUCGGCGUUGGGAGACAGGGAGCAGCAAAUGAUGGGGAGCAGCAGGGCAACAACAAUGCCCAGGCCACCAAAUGGAGUUGGAUAGGUGCGCAGAGUCCAUUGAUGGGAGACAAAGAAGAAGCUGAAUGGUUGCUGGAACGGCUCUUCCAGCGUCUGGAAGAAAGUCUUCAUUCCGACAAGGCGCAGACGGAGAAUGCGAAGAAUUACACAAGGGACCUCAAAGAGCGGAAAGAACGAGAGGAGCCUGAGGACUGCACUGGCAGUGAGAGGACAAUGUCUGAGAAUCGAGACCUCGACGGUCUGGACCGUCCUUGA